AUGUUGCAAGGUCUUCGUGGGGGACGAAGCUGCCCCCAAGUGAAGGGCACCCACGAGGAAGGGGAGGAACACUACAGGUAUGAAUCCUUAGCGGAGGGACAAAACGAGGGCGAUCAGAUGAUGGAACGAUGCCCUUUGGAAGGUGUUUAUGCUGAGUGGUUAAGUGAAGAAUUAAGGAGAAGCUACUCUGACGAGAUGAUGACCCACGAGGGGAACAACUAUACGAAGGGGGGUACCUUUGGGGAGAAUAACCAAACGACCGUAACGCAUUAUGCGUGUGAACAGGUGUGGACGAAAAACGAACUAAGGAAGGAACAAACGAAGGUGACCCUCUUCAGCGUGAACAGGUGUUUCAAAUUACUUAACGACGGGGUGUUUCUGCUAAAGAUGGCCUGUCAAUGUCAACUGGGUAGACAGACGGAAUGGAAAAAUGUACCCCGUGGGACACUUCACACAGUGGCAUUUAUUUGGCUGCUCUGUUUUCAUAUCACUUCCCAUUGUACUUUUCACCUUCGGAAGUAUUUCAUUGUAAAUGUUAUUCCAGAGGAGCAUCACGACUUGUUUAGUCUGUUUGGCGUGUUUAAGAAGGUCAUAUGUUUUCGGGGGGAUGAAAUGCCCAUUUUGUGUUUCUUCAGCAGGAUGGAAAAAACCUAUAUGUUUGUGAAUAAAUUUUUGGAGGACAUUCCUCAGUUUGUUUUGUAUCUUAUCUGCGUUUGGAUGAAGGGGGGAGAUGAUAUAUUCGUUUUCCUUUUUUUUCUAUUUUACUGGAUCCUUUAUGUUGUGCUAAGUGUGGUAUAUCAAGGGCUGCGUUACCCGCUAGUUGGGGCGAUGGUGCGUUUGUUUGUUUCGGCAUCCCUGGCGGAGGACGUCUUCAUCGAGUGUGACGCGGCGCCAACGAAUAAGUUUUUCUGUCUCUACGUUGGGGCCGUUUUUUCUGUGUGGUCGUUUGUCGCCUUGGCAACGGUGCCCCUCGUGGGUGCCCCCUGGACUGCACUUAUCUACGUCCAAUUCGUGGCAUUGUUGCUUGUCUCGAUGACCUUCCUUUUGUCCUUCCUGUAUUUCCACUUUGGCCCGAAGCAAAGAUUUUACCUAAACCCUUACUACUGCCUAGGGGGGGAUGUGGAGUGGCAAUAA